AUGGGACUGCUGAAGCAACUCCACACUACCUUCAAUUCUUGCUUCGGUCGGAAGAAACAUCCCAACUCGCCAGAACCACCUCCCUAUUCGAGCGGUCAUUCCUCUGACAAUAACUUUCGGUCGAAUACGAAUGCGAAUCAAGAUACCGAACAAUCUGGCGGUGACAACUUCGGAGCUCUCACUGAGGUUGCAGCCCCAGCGCCAGUUGAGCUCGUUCCAGAGGCAGAAUUCGAGCAACGUCCUUCAUUGGAACAACGAUUAUCCGAUUCCGCGAAGCGGCUUCAUGACGAUGACCAAGGUGAAUACGGUUCUUUAAGUGAGGUAGCAGCCCCGGAGGUUGUGGGCAGGCGAUCAGAUAAGGGGACCGCCCGGCACAGGUUCCUUGAGCAAUCGCUGUAUCAAGGUGCAAGUGGAUAA